AUGACUGGUGUGCGUAAUCGCACGCGGACAAACGGAGUGCCCCAAGGAGAGACUCAAGGAUGGACUCACAUCAACAACAUUAUCCACCUCCCCGAUGGAUCCAAAUUUAGUGCGGAUGUAGCCUUUGGUGGUGAUGGGCCAACUCUGCCUCUGCGCAUGGACAAUAAUGCCACGAUACACAGCAAUCUAGGCAGUCAAGAAGUUCGCCUUGUUUAUGAUGUACUUCCGAAACAACGGCUGUUGGAGCCAAAGGUAUGGAUAUAUCAAUACCGCAAUGGCGCAGAUAAGCCGUGGAGUUCAUUUUACAGCUUUUUGGAAGUUGAGUUCUUUCAAGAAGAUUUCGAAGUUCAAAAUUGGUGGGCAAGUGCGAAAACACUACAUCGUUGGACCGUAUUGGCGGUAAGGUUCUUGCGAGAGGGAGAACCAAGCGAGUAUCCGCAUCAGGGCCGGAGGGCCAAUUGCGGACAGGAAAUAAACAUUGUUGGCAAGGUGAUGCUAGUGAACAAUCUGGUUAAACUCAACAUGGGUAACAAGACAACGGUAAUCAGGCAGGUUGACUCGGAACAACAGAGAUUGAGCGCGCUGUGGGAUUACUUUGGUAUUCGGCUAACAGAAGAAGAGGCUGGAUCAAUAAAUGGAUGGGAUAUGGCGUUGACCAAUUCUAGCUAA